AGGAAACAGAGCGGUCUCUUCCCCAGACAGCGGCUUUCUGUUGCCUUUCCAUGAACGUAAAGACAUAAAACCGAAUUCGGACUGAUUGCCUUUCUGUUGUGUCGUUGCGCUGCGAAGGAGCUCCUAUCGACGGCAACCUUACGCCGAUCUCUUCCGUUGCGAAACGCAGCUACCUCUUCUUUCUCUUGUCGGUCUUUUUUGAAUAUAUAUAUUUCUUAUCUUCUCCGUGUCUAACUUGUUUGGUCUUCUUUCCACCAAACCUCGUGGCUCCAUUCGCCUUUCUCUCGUUCACAGUUGUUCCGAGGGGAACACAAAACUCACGUGUGUGCGUCACUCUAGCGAAUCUGCUUGGGUAUUGUUUCUGCGGACUCCCUCAAGACGCAGCGGGCACAUAUAUUUCCUUCUAUUACUUUCUUAAGCCAAUACGGAAAGAAAUGCUCCGUCGAACUGUGUGGGCGCUGCGCCCGGUGAUCAUGAGUGCGGCGGAGUCCGUGAAGGACAUUCCCGACGGCGCCACCAUCGCCGCCGGCGGUUUUGGCUACUGCGGCUUCCCGUUUGAGCUGCUCGACGCGCUGAACGGCGCGAAGGCGAAGGACCUAACCGUCAUCGGUGUGACGAUGGCGGGACCCGAGGUGGGCUUCGGCCCCUUGGCUCGCGACGGACAGCUGAGGAAGGCGAUCACCAGCUACGUGGGUGAGAACCCGCUCUUUACGAAGCACCUCUUCAACGGUGAUUUCGAGGUGGAAUUCUGCCCAAUGGGCUCGCUGACGGACCGUCUGCGUGCGGCUGGUGCUGGCGUGCCAGCCUUCUACACCCCGACCGGCUACGGAACUGCGGUAGCGGAGGGGCGACUCCCCACCCGUUUCAUCCCCGGGAAGACGAUGCACGCUGCCGCCUUCAGUCAGCCGCGCGAGACGCGCAACAUCAACGGGAAGUGGUGCACGCUGGAGAUGGCGCUGCCGGCUGACUACGGCUUCGUGCGUGCCUGGAAGGCGGACAAGCGCGGCAACCUUGUGUUCCGCGGCACGACGCAGAACCUCAACCUCGUUUGUGCGAAGGCGUCGAAGGUGUGCAUUGCCGAGGUGGAGGAGAUCGUGGAGUGCGGAGAGAUUGACCCGAGGGAGGUGCACCUGCCUGGCGUGUACGUGCACCGCCUCGUGAAGCCGGAGAAACUAAAGCGUGCGGCCGAGUCCGUGGUGGAGCGGAGGCCUGGAUUUUCGUCCGGCACCGGCAAGAACGCCAGCGUGGAGCGCAACAUCAUGGCCCGCCGUGCCGCACUGGAGCUGAAGGAUGGCAUGACGGUGAACCUUGGUAUUGGCGUGCCAAACUUGGUGGCCAGUUACAUCCCUAAAGGUAUGGACGUCGUGUUGCAGGCGGAGAAUGGCCUGCUGGGUAUUGGACCCUAUCCGCUGCCGGAGGAGGUGGACCCAGAUAUCACGAACGCGAGCAAGCAGACGAUUACGAUGACGAGUACCGGUGCGUCCUUAUUCGACUGCGCGGAGUCGUUUGCAAUGAUUCGCGGUGGCCACAUGGACCUCACGAUGCUGGGUGCGCUGGAGGUGUCUGCGAACGGCGACAUUGCCAGCUGGUACCUACCGGGAAAGUUUCUGCGUGGUAUGGGUGGUGCGAUGGACCUGGUCUCGAGUGGCUGCGGAACCAUUGCACUGAUGAAGCACACGGACAAUGAUGGUCGCUCGCGUGUACUGCAGGAAUGCAGGUCUGCGCUUACCGGCCGCGGCUGCGUCGAUAUGGUCAUCACCGAUCUUGCGGUGUUUGCUGUGAAGAAGGGCACCAGCGGCGUGAACUCUCUUGUCUUGACGGAGCUGGCGGAAGGCGUCACGCUGGAGGAGGUCAAGGCGAAGACGGAGGCCUCUUUCCACGUGUCGCCGGACCUGAAGACGAUGCCGCUGGCCCCCCUGCAGCACUAA